AUGCACAGCGACAUCGACAGGCUCAGCACACCAUCCCCCGACUGGCGCGAGAGCCUGAGGCUGAAAGGCAUGGCGCGACGGACGUUGGGGAUUAGCUGCCUUCUUUUGACGGUGUUUCUGUGGACACUGUCCAAUUUCAUGGGAUCGUAUAUAUUCUCCGACAGCACAUACGACAAGCCUUUCUUCGUCGUCUACGUCAACACCUCCAUCUUUGCAAUUGCACUUAUCCCGGUGCCUGUACGGUUUCUUUUGCGACACGGAGUAUCUGGGGCUCGGCGGGUAUUAUCGCAAGCAUGGCGCGAGCAGCCCUCUCUGGGCAGACAGACGACCACCCACACCCGCGGAGGCGAAGACGUGGCGGCAGUGCAGCGACUGCUCGUCGAUGACGAGGUCGGUGUCGAGGGUCUCGGUGGCGGCACGGAAGCCACGGCUACAGAAACAUACGGGAGGGAGCAAGGAGGCCGCUUGGGAGGCGGGAAACUGUCGUUGCGGGAAACGGCGACUCUCAGCCUCGAGUUCUGUCUGUUGUGGUUCACGGCCAAUUACCUCUCGGCGGCAUGCCUGCAGUUCACGAGCGUGGCAAGCGUGACCAUCUUGACAUCGACAAGCAGUGUGUGGACGCUAUUACUGGGUACGGCUAUGGGGAUCGAGAAGUUCACAAGGCGCAAGCUGUUCGGGGUGCUGGCUUCGCUGGCUGGGGUGGCCCUGAUAUCGUCGUUAGACCUCUCUGGUUCGCGCGACGAAGAUAGGGGUUCGUUCCCGCACAAGACGCCGGGAGAAUUGGCCCUUGGCGAUGCGAUGGCAUUGCUGAGUGCAGUCAUUUACGGAGUGUACAUAACGCUGAUGAAGCGCAAGGUGGGCAGCGAGGAAAGGAUGGACAUGCAGUUGUUCUUCGGGUUGGUGGGGACGUUUAACCUGCUGUUGUUAUGGCCACUUUUCUUUAUCUUCCACUGGACUGGCUUUGAGCGGUUCCAAUUGCCGCCCACUGGGACUAUAUGGGGUAUCAUCAUGGUGAACGCGAUGGCGUCGUUCAUAAGCGAUAUAGCGUGGGCAUAUGCGAUGCUCCUCACGACGCCACUGUUGGUAACGGUGGGCCUGUCUUUGACGAUACCGCUGUCGUUGGUCGGGGAGAUGAUUCAAUACGGACAAUACUCGACCUUGUUGUAUUGGAUCGGCGCGGCCGUGGUGGUCGUGUCAUUUCUCUUCAUUAACCACGAAAGCCAGGAGAAUGGCGCGGAGUUGCUUGAGAUUGGGCGGCGGAUAGGCAGCGAGGGCAGAUAG